UUAAAAAUUUACUCAUUUAGGGAGAAUUUUAAAAUUGCUUUUUAAAAAAAAAUAAAUUCCAGAAUUUCUCGAGCAGCUGAAAUUCGUCAGAUUGCUUGCAUUCCUCAAAAAUCUGUGGAAGCUGAUCAAAAAUCAGAUUGCUUGCAUUGCAUUCGUCAGAUUUACUCAUUAAGCGCGAUCUCCGUGUUUACUCGGAACGAUGUCGUCGCCGGACAUUGCCGGAAUACUCGAUAGCUCGAAGGAGCUCGAUCGGCUGAGGAAAGAGCAGGAGGAAGUGCUUAUCGAGAUCAAUAAGAUGCACAAGAAGCUGAUUUCUUCAGGUCCGGAGGUGGUUGAAAAGGCUGGUGACUCUUCCCUAUCAAAGCUUAAGAUGUUGUAUAUCCAAGCCAAAGAGUUGUCAGAGAGUGAAGUGAGUAUUUCCAGUCAAUUGUUAGGACAACUGGAUGCAUUAAUGCCUUCUGGAACUCAAGGACAGCAUCGGAGACGGAUAGAAGGUAGUGAGCAGAAAAAGAAGAGGGUAAAGGCUGAUUCGGAAGUCCCGAGGCUAUCUCCUUCAAGGAGAAGUCACCUGGAGUCUUUGGCGAGUUUGAAGGGUGAACAAGUGGCAGCCAGGAUCACUCAAGAGAAUUCUGGAAAGGAUGAGUGGUUUGUGGUUAAAGUAAUCCAUUUUGACAAGGAAACAAGAGAAUUCGAAGUGCUGGACGAGGACCCAGGUGAAGAUGAAGAGAGUACCGUGCAGAGAAAAUAUAAACUGCCUAUGUCACAUAUCAUACCUUUCCCUAAACGGAGCGAUCUAUCAAACAUCCCCGACUUUCCUAGCGGUAGACAUGUUUUGGCAGUUUAUCCAGAGACCACGGCGCUAUAUAAAGCAACUGUAUACCAGACUCGUAAGAGGAAAAUUGACGAUUACGUUGUGCAAUUCGAGGACGAUGAAGAGGAUGGAUCUUUGCCUAAACGGUUGGUGCCGUUCCACAGGGUUGUUGCCCUUCCGGAUGGAUGUCGUCAGUGAUUAUAUGAUAUAAUUAUCAUUGUAAAGUAUGGUGUUUGUGUGAGAGAAAGACGCCACGCCUAAUGUAUCUAUUUAGCGUCAUAUGUAUAAGCUGAGAGUAACUAAAACAAGGUCUGGUCUAUUCACUUUGAUUUCAGUUUUGUAUUAGCUGUAGAGUAAUGUAAUUGAUUUUGGAAGCAUAGUGCUUCUUUUUCUUC